AUGGGGAAGAAAGGUGAUUUAAGUGACCAUGGCAUGGAUGAUGGUGCCAGAUGGGUUGGUCUGAUUAUUUCAGAAACUGCUGAUCUACUGAGAUUUUCAUGCACAACCAUCUCAAGGGUUUACAGAGAAUGGUCUGAAAAAGAUAAAAUAUCCAGUGAGCGGCAGUUCUCUGGGUGAAAAUGCCUUGUUGAUGCCAGAGGUCAGAGGAGAAUGGCCAGACUGUUUCAAGAUGAUAGAAAGGCAACAGUAACUCAAAUAACCGCUCGUUACAACCAAGGUAUGCAGAAGACCAUCUCUGAAUCAACAACGUUCUUGGCACACUUUGGCUCCCUUAGUACCAACUGAGCAUAAUUUAAACACCACAGCCUACCUGAGUAUUGUUGCUGAUUGUGUCCAUCCCUUUAU